AUGAAGAACUUGGUGCGGGCCCGUACCAGAGGCCGAUUCUCCGGUAAAGAAGCGUUUUCCGCCAUGGAGGUAGACCUGGCCAAUCUCAAGAUGGACCCAGAGACCCUAGAAGCCGACUUCUUCAGAGUGCCCGAGCCACCCACGAUGGAACGAUCAGUCAUGAGGAUAAUGCAGCGAUUUCCAGUGAUCGCUCUUGCACAGCACAGGCUCCCGAGCAUAUCCUCCGUCGUUGCCAGUCCGCAGAACUUGGAGAGCAGAAUCGAGAAAAUGCGCGCCAUCAUGCGAGAUUACACGUUGUCGGCGAAGGAGAGAUCGCAAAGAGUUCGGAAUUUGACGAUUCUGGCUGAGAAAGAUUUCGUCGAAGCGAUUGGCGCCAGCGACAGGCAAAAGGACGAUGUAGUGGCCCUCAAACAAGUCAACGAUCGAGCAGACCGUGCAAGCCGUGGCACCCAUUCCAGAAAAGACUCCUGCGUCGCCUCGGGGUCUUUCUCAAAGUUGCCGACCAUUACCGAGGAGGAGACAGAGGUCUGCAAGGUGCUCAAGCAGAGUCGUACCAAGAUCGGCUCAAACGAGGGUCUACACAUGAAGCCGCGCAUCUCAAGAUUGCCAAAACCGAGUUCACGCAUCCGGACUCGACGUGACACAGUGAGUGCAGUUGUGCGAGUGACGAAGGAGGAGAAGGGCUGGGAGCACACAGGAUUUCCUUCGAUGGAAGCAAAGUUGGCGAGCUUGGACGCGUUCUUCGAUGUCAAGCUGGACCCGUGCUGA